CUCCUGCUCCACUCUUCAAGCCCACCCAGAGCUCUGUAGAAGAGGAGGAGAGGAGAGAGAGGAAGAGGACGAACCGGAGCCACUCAGCCGCCACCUCACCCCGCAUCGGCCGCCUGAGGUCCGUCCAACCGCUCCUGCCGCCGCCCGUUGCUCUCGCCAUUGAAGCCGUCGCCGCCUCCUCCAGCCCGCUCGCUUGCCUGCCUUCCUGCCGGCUGCCUUCCGGAUGAGAAGCGGCGCAACCUGGGCGGUGCAAGCGUGGUCGGCCUGAGCCUUCGUCGGGGUUAACGCCGAGAAGAGGAUCCUGGAGUUUAAGCGCAUGGGUUCCUUGGAGGCCCGGUAUCGGCCGGCCGGGGCAGCUGAGGACACAGCUAAGAGAAGGACCCAGAAAAGCAAAAGUUUCAAAGAGGUUGAAAAAUUUGAUGUUUUUGUGCUGGAGAAAAGUUCAGGUUGCAAAUUCCGAUCGUUGCAACUUUUGCUCUUCGCUAUCAUGUCUGCUGCAUUUCUAACACUCCUAUACACACCAUCUGUGUAUGAACAUCAGUUGCAGUCAAGCUCUCGGCUUGUCAAUGGGUGGAUAUGGGAUAAGAGAAGUUCUGAUCCCCGAUAUGUAUCUUCUGCCAGCAUUCAAUGGGAGGAUGUGUAUAAAAGUAUCCAAAAUCUGAAUGUUGGUGAACAAAAGCUCAGUGUUGGACUCCUGAAUUUUAAUAGAACUGAGUUUGGCGCUUGGACACAUAUGCUCCCAGAAAGUGAUUUUUCAAUCAUAAGGCUAGAGCAUGCCAAUGAAAGCAUUACCUGGCAGACUCUGUAUCCUGAAUGGAUAGAUGAGGAGGAAGAAACAGAGAUACCAUCUUGCCCUUCGCUUCCAGAUCCAAGUUUUCCAAGAGCGACACAUUUUGAUGUUGUUGCUGUUAAGCUUCCCUGUUCUCGUGUGGCGGGUUGGUCAAGAGAUGUUGCAAGGCUGCAUUUGCAGUUGUCAGCAGCAAAAUUAGCGGCAGCCACAACAAGAGGCAAUAGUGGAAUCCAUGUGCUGUUUGUGACUGAUUGCUUCCCAAUUCCAAAUCUCUUCUCUUGCAAGGACCUAGUGAAACGUGAAGGCAAUGCAUGGCUGUACAAACCUGACGUGAAGGCUCUGAAGGAGAAGCUCAGGCUGCCUGUUGGUUCAUGUGAGCUUGCUGUUCCUCUCAACGCAAAAGCACGACUCUACACAGUAGACAGACGCAGAGAAGCAUAUGCUACAAUACUGCAUUCAGCAAGUGAAUAUGUUUGCGGUGCAAUCACAGCAGCUCAAAGCAUUCGUCAAGCAGGAUCAACAAGAGACCUUGUUAUUCUUGUUGAUGACACCAUAAGUGACCACCACCGCAAGGGGCUGGAAUCUGCGGGGUGGAAGGUCAGGAUAAUAGAGAGGAUCCGGAAUCCCAAAGCUGAACGUGAUGCCUACAAUGAAUGGAACUACAGCAAAUUCAGGCUAUGGCAGCUUACAGAUUAUGACAAGGUUAUUUUUAUUGAUGCUGAUCUCCUCAUACUGAGGAACAUUGACUUCUUGUUUGCAAUGCCUGAAAUCACUGCAACUGGGAACAAUGCGACACUCUUCAACUCCGGAGUGAUGGUCAUUGAGCCUUCAAACUGCACAUUCCAGUUACUGAUGGAGCACAUCAAUGAGAUAACAUCUUACAAUGGUGGUGACCAAGGAUACCUCAAUGAGAUAUUCACAUGGUGGCAUCGGAUUCCAAAACACAUGAAUUUCUUGAAGCAUUUCUGGGAGGGUGAUGAAGAGGAGGUGAAAGCCAAGAAGACUCGUUUGUUUGGUGCUAACCCACCGAUCCUCUAUGUCCUUCACUACUUGGGCCGAAAGCCGUGGUUGUGUUUUCGGGACUAUGAUUGUAACUGGAAUGUUGAAAUCCUGCGGGAGUUUGCGAGUGAUGUAGCGCAUGCUCGCUGGUGGAAGGUGCACAACAAGAUGCCCAAGAAGCUUCAGAGCUAUUGCCUUCUGAGGUCAAGGUUGAAGGCUGGGUUGGAGUGGGAGCGGCGGCAGGCUGAGAAAGCAAACUUCACUGAUGGGCAUUGGAAACGGAACAUAACUGAUCCGAGGCUGAAAACUUGCUUUGAGAAGUUCUGCUUCUGGGAGAGCAUGCUAUGGCAUUGGGGUGAGAACAAGAACAACUCGACGCAGAACAGUGCAGUGCCGGCAACACCUACUGCGAGCCUGUCGAGCUCAUGAGAUUUGUUGUAGAUAGCUUCGUUGAGAGUAGUAUACCGGAUACAAAACUUCCCAAGCUCCAUACAUACAUAGCAACAGCUCUGUAAAGGUAGCUAUGUAGGCCUUUCCCCCGAAUGACUAUACUUUUGUUCGCCGUCACAGCUGCGCCCUCCCGCUGCUUUCUGAUGGUUAACAAUUCUUUUGGUUUUUGCCAAUAAUUCGUCAGUAUAGGCUGUUUUUUUUCCCUCUCUGGCUUGAGUCCUGUCCGGGUCUGUUGCUUCAAGUCCCAUGGGCUAUUGCUUUGCAGUACGCCUGGUUUGUUGUAUGGUGGUUGAACAGUUUCAGUGAUAAAUCUGGAGUGAUGCAAUAUCAGAUUGCUGACCAGCGAACAGUGCAUCA